AUGAGCACAUUUCGAGUAACCGGUGUUCCCAUCGACUGGGACCGCCAAGAAUUGCAGUCUUUUCUUGAGAAUCAAGGAAGCGUCACAGGUGCUUCUAUCGAGUCUCUUGCCUCUGAGGACCAUGGUGGCCCACAGGUGGCCACGGCUACUUUCGAGGACAUACUUCAUCAAUAUGACCGCAGCUGGUCCAUUUUGAUGCCCGCGGUUUCUAAUAACCGGAAACAAUAUCUGACUAUUGACGAAGAAUUUCAUGGCAUGACGGCGCUUUAUACGCCACCUCUGCAAGAUCAUAAGAUAGACAUAAUUGCACUAUCCGGCCUAGGGGGACAUGCUUUUGGAUCUUUUAAAGAAAGGGGGGGGAGCCACAUGUGGCUACGCGACUCUCUCCCCUUUGAUCUUACGUUAGAGUCCAGCGUUCAACCUAUCGCUCGGGUCAUGAUUUACGGCUAUGACUCAGUCGUUGCCGAGAGCAAAAGUACACAGAAUAUUGAAGAUCUCGCUACGGGCUUCAUUGGUAGCCUACAAAGGCUAGCGAAUGCUUCCAUCAUUCGACCCAUAAUCCUAAUUGGCCAUAGCCUUGGAGGAUUAAUCCUCAAGCAGGCUUUGAUAUCGCUAUCAAGAUCUGAAAAUGGACAUGAUCAAAGCCUUAUCCGCGCCAUCUAUGGGGUUGUCUUCUUCGGAACCCCACAUGAUGGCAUGAACAUCACCUCCCUCAUACACAUGGCUGGAGGUUCCAGUCCAAAUCGUUUCCUAAUCGAGUCUCUGAACCGAGAUAACUCGCAAGUACUUACCAUACAGCAGCGGGAUUUCCACAAGGCGUUGGGUGAGAAGGGCAGUGCAGAGAUCUUUUGCUUUUAUGAAACGCUUGAGUCACCAACGGCCCAACGAGAUAAAUCCGGCAACUGGAAAAUGACUGGUCCUACUACGGUUCUUGUAACAAAGCCUUCAGCUACACAUUGCCGUCCCUGGGAAAACGGGCCAGAGCAUAUCUGCGCUAUCAAUCGUACGCAUUCUGAAAUGGUCAAAUUUAGUCCUGACGACGCCAAUUAUAAGAAUGUACGAGAUAGACUCAGUGGUUUAUGCAGGCGCGCUUUUGCAUCACGGGAUCGUUUGCAAGCCUCUCGAUCAAUAUGUACGUAG